AUGGCCUUCAACGGUUUCAAAGAGAUAUUUGUAAAGCAGAAGACUUUUCGCCCGAAAAAGAAGUUUGCACCAGACACAAUACGAUAUCAUCUUCACAAGCACGCCGAAGCUUCGUUAAGUGCAGGCAUCGAUCUACGAGAAGCUGUAAAAAAGCCAGAAGAUGAAGAACUGAAUGACUGGAUAGCUGUGCAUGUCGUCGAUUUCUAUAAUCGUAUAAAUCUUAUUUACGGCACAAUAUGUGAUCGGUGUACUGAACAAACGUGUCCUACUAUGUCUGGGGGCAAAAAAUUUGAGUACCAUUGGCGUGAUAAUGUACAUUAUAAAAAACCUACGCCCUUACCAGCUCCAAAGUACAUUGACGAGUUGAUGGACUGGAUUGAUGCACAAAUUAAUGACCCAUCUCUAUUUCCUACAGAUAUUGGUGUUCCUUUCCCUAAGUGCUAUAUCCCAACUGUAAAGAAGAUAUUCGGAAGACUGUUUAGAGUGUUUGUGCAUGUUUACAUACACCACUUUGAUCGGUUGCAUGAGAUAGGAGCGGAAGCUCAUGUCAACACUUGUUAUAAACAUUUUUACUACUUCGUGACUCACUUUGACCUCAUUGAUAGGAAGGAGCUAGAACCUUUAAAUGAUUUGACUCAAAGGAUAUGUCACUAA